CAACAGAACAGUCGCCAUUACUGUAGUCAUGCAGUCACAAAAUCUAAUUAUGGAACCCAGAACCAGUGCCCAGGAUGUAAUGCAAUGUGACCUGUGUGAGACCGGUGUGGUACAGAUGCACUGUGAUACAUGCUUUGUCAGCCUGUGUAAGGCCUGUGUAGGAGAACAUGCUUUAGCUGAUCUCUCAAAACCUCGCAAAAUUGUGGACUUCAGGGACAGGAAAUCCACUCCCCUCCACCCUAAAUGUAAAUCUCAUAACAAAGAGCAAUGUGAAAUGUACUGUAAAAAAUGUGAAAUCCCUGUCUGCAGCAGCUGUCUUGAAUCCAAUCAACAUUUAGGUCAUGAAUUAUCUAAAAUCUUGCGGGUUCUGGAUGAAAAGAAGGAAGAGAUUACAAAAGAAAGAAAAGAAUUAAAUGAUACAAUUCAUCCAACCUACCAAGACAUUGCCUCUGAUGUAAAAAACAGAAUGAGACAGUUAGAAAAGGAAUAUGGAGAUCUCUCAACAGCCAUAACAAAACAGAGAGGGGACUGGCACAGAAAAAUUGACAAACUUGUCAAGAAACUUAAAGCUGAAGUUGAUGAGAUGAAACGCACACAGUUACAAACUCUACAGAAACAUCUGGAUGAAAUAAACAAGACAAUGUCUGACAUCAAGGAUGAAAUCAAUUCAAUGGAAACUUCAAUAGACACAAAUGACUUGUCAAAACUAUUUAGUCUAACAUCCAAUGUACAAAUAUACAGAAAUCUUCCACACAAAAUUAUACCGUCUUUACCCAAAUUCAUUCCAAGUAAAAUCCAAGGAGAGGAAUUUAGUAAACUGUUUGGAACCUUAUCAUCCAGUUCUUUAACAUCAGACAAACAUGGCUAUAGCAUGAAGACAACACAGAAAUCACCAGAAGCUGGAUCCUCUCCUCCAGCCAAACAGUUGCUUGAUGAACCAGAGACUGUCACCACCAUGGAUACUGGGUAUAUAGAUGACCUUUACAACUUGGCCUGUCUGAGUAAUGAAGAAAUCUGGACAAGUGGAGAUAGCAAAACCAUGAAACUCUUCAGCAUCAAUCAGGGAUCACGGCUCAAGUCAAUCCGAACCAAGUCAGGGAACAAUCCAUUGAAUAUAGCCAUGACAAAAAGUGGAGAUCUAGUUUAUACUGAUGACAAAUUUAGAACUGUGAACAUUGUGAAAAAUGAGAUAUUAGAGGAAGUGAUCAGACUGCAUAAGUGGAAACCUCUAGGUGUCUGUAGUACCUCCUCUGGUGAGCUCCUGGUUAUCAUGGACAGUGAUGAUGACAAACAAACAAAAGUUGUCCGUUACUCUGGCUCCACAGAGAAACAAACCAUUCAGUUUGAUGAUAAAGGUCAACCUUUGUAUUCCUCUGGAUCUUUUUUGAUUAGGUACAUAACUGAGAACAGGAACCAUGAUAUCUGUGUAGCUGAUGAUGGAGCUAAAGCAGUAGUGGUGGUCUAUCAGGCCGGGAAACUGAGAUUCAGAUACACUUAGCAGACUCCUGCUCCAAGGAACCUACCAUUUAAUCCACAAGGAAUCACCACAAACAGUCAGGGUCACAUCCUUACAGCUGAUGUUAACAAUGACUGUGUCCACAUCAUAGAUCAGGAUGGACAGUUCCUCCGUUACAUAGACUGUGGAUUGAGUAAACCCUGUGGACUGUGUACAGAUACAAAUGACAAUCUGUUUGUCGCUCAGUUAUGGAACAAACAAGUGAAGAAAAUUGAAUAUCUGCAGUGAUUAACACAUCGUCGAAAACCAGGGCCCAAAUGUA